AUGGCAGUAACCGUCCUUCGCACGUUGACCUAUCGAUCAAGCACCAAUGACACCCGCAAAGUGGACUUCGAAGUCGACCCUGCCUACGAGCUGGAAGAGGUUAUUGGAGAGGGCGCAUACGGCAUUGUGUGCAGUGCUCUUCACAAGCCUAGCGGUCAACGGGUAGCCAUCAAGAAGAUCCACCCGUUUGAGUGGCCCAUGUUCUGUUUGCGCACUUUGCGGGAGAUUAAAUUGCUGCGUCACUUUAACAACGAAAAUAUCAUCUCCAUCCUCGACAUCCAAAAGCCACCCUCCUACGAUCAGUUCAACGACGUAUACCUCAUCCAGGAGCUGAUGGAGACCGACCUCAGCCGGGUGAUCCGGUCGCAGACUCUCACCGACGACCACUGCCAGUACUUUACCUAUCAGAUUCUGCGGGCCCUCAAGGCGAUGCACUCGGCCAACGUCUUGCACCGAGACCUGAAACCGGGUAAUCUACUGCUGAACGCUAAUUGCGACCUAAAGCUGUGUGAUUUCGGACUGGCCCGCUUGGCCAACAGCGGCUCGGAUAAUAGUGCUGGCUUCAUGACCGAGUACGUGGCCACCCGGUGGUACCGCGCCCCUGAAAUCAUGCUCACAAUGCAGCACUAUACCAAAGCAAUCGACGUGUGGAGCGUUGGCUGUAUUUUGGCCGAAAUGCUGGGUGGAGCGCCUCUGUUCCCCGGAAAAGACUACUGUGACCAAUUAAUGCUGAUUCUCGAAGUCCUGGGCUCUCCUACCCACGAGGACUAUUAUAGCAUCAAGUCGCAAAGGGCCCGGCAGUACAUCCAAUCCCUGCCCUUCCGCACUCCCAAGUCUCUGCGCUCCCUGUACCCGCAGGCAAACUAUCUGGCUAUUGAUCUACUGUCAAAAAUGCUGACUUUUUCCCCGGAGCGUCGCAUCACUGUCGAGCAGGCGCUCGAGCACCCCUACUUGGCCCAGUACCAUGACCCAAGCGAUGAGCCAACUGCCGCGCCUCUGCCUGCAGGGUUUUUCAGCUUUGAAAAACACACCGGACCCAACGGCAACAUAGACAUUCCGGUCCAAGAACUACGGCGGAUUAUUUAUAACGAGAUCGUCCACACUGCGAGCCCAGGACAGUACGAGUACUCUGGAAUGCCGCAGCCUUUACGAGUGAGCUAG